AGUUUUCUCUCUACAAUUGGUAACUUUGUUUGUCGCGGGUUUUUUUUCUACUACGCGGGCGACAUUAAAAAUUAUUUCCAGAGAUUAGCAGAAUUCUUUUAAAUUAUGUUCGAAAGUGACGAUUGGAUUUUUGAAGAUACUUUUGAUGAUGUUGGAGGAAAGGAGGAGGAAACGAAGAAGAAAUCCUAUUCUUCAUAUCAAAACAAAGAAAAGACACAGUCCGUCAAACGACGUAAAAUUGACAGUUGUGAGGUACUGCUGGCACGUAAUACCUUUAGUCAGAAAUCAAAAUUGGAUACCAUAGCAAAUAUCCAGGAUAACGAUCUACCGUCCAAAAAUAAGAACGACGUUUCACGUGGGGAUCUGUUGUUAGAAAUUUUCCAGAAAAAUACUUGUCGAGAGACAUUUGAUCUUGCAAAAGAUAUACAGGAAGAUCCAUCAGGGAUACAAAAGGAGACGCAAUGUUUUCAAUCCGAAAUGGUUGCAACGUCAAAAGUAUUCCAAUAUAAAGAGUCCAGAGGAAAGAGCGACGAGUCUAUGAAUACUAAAGUAAGAUUCAAUAAAGAAGUAAAAUUGAUUAGAUUAUUUCCCGGGCCAGCUGGCUUAGUAUCGGAUGUGAAAAACGAUAACAUCUCUGCUACAUCUUAUCUAAAUAGUGUUGAAGAAUUAAAAAAUAAAACGUCAACCAAGCGUAUUGAGAUCAAAUCCCAAGAUGAGAGGAACUUGUGUGGAGAGAAAGCUUGGAAACUUUUGUUGAAUGACCUGCCAAAUAAUUUUUUACAGGAUUAUAAGAUUUCUACUGUUAAAGACAAUGCAAAUGCUAAUCAUUGUGAUAGUACGAGAGUAAAGUUUAUAGCAGGUGUAGUGGAUUAUGUAGAUUAUAGUCACGACGAUCCAUUUGUCAUAUUAAAAGAUUCAUCGGGCAGCAUAGAAGGUACUGUCCAUCGUGACAUUCCAUCAACUUAUCCUGGCGUAUUAGAGCCGAAUAUAGUUAUUUUUUUAUGUGAUGUAGGACUAUUAAAAACUACGACAUAUGUAGUAACGAACAAAUAUCAUAUUCUAGUGUCUCUAGUAAAUUUACUAGCUAUAUAUUCGGAUAAAGGCCGGAUUGUAAGUACACCUCUUAUGGAAAGUGUUAUAUCUCAUACUUUAAAUAGUGAAUUAAAUAGAAUUAACAAUUGCAUGUCAAUUUCGGAGAAAUCGGGUUAUAUCUCUGGACUGCAAAAAAUUGAUGAAAGUCAUAAGGCUCUUUUACAGACUAGUAGUUCUGUCGAUAAUCAAGGAUCUAUCAAAGAUCACGAAUCUGAAUUAGCAAAAAAUCUACUGUUACAACUGGAAAGUUCGACAAGUGGAAAGUAUGAAAGUGGGGAAAUUUUUAAGAAUAAAGAUAAAGAUUGCAAAGUUACCAAUGAAAUACUUGAAUAUCUCGAUCAUUCGAUGGAUACGAAUGAUUUGGAUAUGGACGUUUUCUUUACUACCGACUGCAACUUUACAAGUUUGGAAGACCAAAAUUGUCGCGAUCAUUUGCUAUCAAGCAUUUCGCAAACUAGCAAAAUUCAGCGGUGCAACUUGCAAAUGCAAAAUACCAAGUGCUUGGAAAAUACGAAAAACAAAUCGACAAUUUGUUCAAAGCAGACAAAAGAGCAACACUUGCCACAAACUUUAAAGAAAUACACCGAUGUAAAAACUUACGACACACAUUACUCGCGUGAAAAUUGUUUCUCGUCUUGCAACGAUGCGUUAUGUAGAGAUUCGAAUUUAAAUGUGAAAUUCACAUUGUCAGCAAUAAAACGUAACGUCGAAAACUCAAAAACUCUGGUAAGCUAUUUUAUUGACGACAAGUAUGACGCGUAUGAUUCGGACGAUGAGAUUUUGUCACAGUUGGACGUAGAUAACAUCGUUGACAAACGAAAAGAGGACGGCUAAGAAACGUGUAUCUCUCUCUCUCUCUCUCUCUCUCUCUCUCUCUGUUUUUAUCAACAUAAAUUAAAUGUACAUUAAUGCGUCGUGCAAGAUCGAUUUCAGAUAUCCACAAUAAUACUACCUAAUCGCUAAUGACUAAUGUAUAAAAAAAAAUUAAUCUUAAGCAGUACGAAUUUGAAGAUAAAAUGAGAUUCGAAUGAGCCGUUAUUAAAAUAGAAUAUACUAUGAUAUGUGAUAUAAAUGUUUGUACUCCUACUCCAGAGUUAUUGCAGAUAAAGCUGUUUGCGAGAUCGUGCGCAUUUGUGAUACCUAUAUCUUAUUGUCUCUCAUUUGCGGGUUCAUAAAACAUUAUCAGUUUAAAGUCGUGUCGUAAAGUUAAUAUAGAUCUCGAUAGCGAAGUAGGUCCCAUACAAUUCGAUCAGUCAUGCACACACUGUAGAAGAAAAAUUGAUGCCAGCCAUGCAUUUGUAAAAUUGUGGUUUUACAACGUUGUAUAUGUAUACGCGCGAAUAUGAUAUAAUUAUACAUAAAAGACGUGUAUGUACAUACGUCUAAUUGUAUGUCUUUGUCGAAAACGGAACAAAGCGUGCGGCUGUGAUUGCAUAAUGUACAUGAUAGAUAUAAUGGCUCCGUUCAGUAGAAUACAAUAGUUUUGCAACCGUUUUAUGAUUCUCUGCUGAGAUAUUCCUCUUGGUCUAAAAGCAUAACCCAAUCAGCGUGAAGAAAACUUCCAACAGUUGCAAAAUAAACGUUCUGCUGAACGCAGCCAUUGACUAUGACAAACGCGCAUUACAUCCAACGAGAUGUCACGAUACCAUCGUUUAUGCCUGUUAGAUUCAGAGAUUGUAUAAUUGAUUAAACACAUUCAUGGAUAUAUUAAAUAAAG